AUGGUUUAUGACUGGGAUGGAAAGCGCGAGAUAUGCUAUCAGAUGUACAUCAAAGAUAGAAAAGCCUUGGAGGAGAUCAUGGAGUACAUGAGAAACGUGUAUCAAUUUUCUCCAAGUAAACGCGCAUUCCAGACACAAUUCAAACGAUGGGGCUUUCCUUCAAAGCAGAAUCCAGCACAUAAAAACCUGCAGCUUGUUACCCGCGUUAAGCAACUCUGGGAGACAAAUACCAGCCAGCGCGACAUGCUUCGGAUCCUCAACGAAGAAGGCUUCCAGAUAAAAGAACGCGAAUUGAUGAGAGUGCGGGCCAAAAACCGUUGGCUACUCCGGGUUCCCAAUGGGACGAAAGCACAACAGGUGGCGCUAAGUUCUCCUCAAACUGAAGACGACAGUCUAUUAGCGUUGCAAGAGUAUCAACCAGAUCCUCAGGACGUCGCAGACUCGUCUGAGGCUGCGCUUAAACGCAAGGAACGCCUUGAUCGUCUACAAGCGGAGAGUGCCGAACGUUGGGCUGCCAGAAAGCGGCGUCGACGCACAAGGGGAUGGGCUGGUUUACCAGCCGACCCCCCAGGCCCCCCACGUUUCCCGUCUGAAACCACCAUUGACGAGAGCAAGAAAUACCUCAAACUUGACAACGCUGGGUACCGACAAAUUAGAGACCAAUUUCAGAGUAUUUGCGAGAAGGCAGGCUUCAUCAAGAAAACCAUUGCGGGGCCUGAGAAAUGGCAAGAGGCAAAGAAUACCUUGAUCCAGAAUUCCGAACAUCUGCAACGUGUUUUCUGGGACGACCCCGAUCAACUCGAAGCCAAAUCCCUCGCUCUUGAUGUUGUAUGUACCGAUGUUACCAAACGAAUGAGGACACUGGAAAGGCGCAUGACCAUUGCUGAGGCGAAGAAUGUGCUUGGUAUCAACCCAGAGGAGAGCCGUCAAAUCCGCAAUGCAUUUUACAAUACACUGAGAAACGAUCACUUCACAAGUAAGUUGGAAGCGGGCGAUGAGCAUUGGAAGGAGCUCAAGGAGCAGUGGGUUCAAGGUUCUGAGCUUCUUCAACGCGUUCUUGCCCCGGGAUCUGCAGAUCCCAAGCAUGCCACAAAGUUGAGGGCGCUGGAAGUCUUGUGUCGUGAUGUUAUGAAGCGCCUUCGCGAUGAUCAAACCAAAAGAGACCCAUCCCGUAGGCGACUGGCCGCUAACCCUAACAUUCGCGUCGCCGAGAGAGCGAGCACUGAUCUCACUGGCCCAUUUGACUGUGACAUUUCAAAUGGCAUCAGCUCGCUUGCGUCCGAGGCUCUUGCCAGUGCACCUAUCACUUCCAGCGACCUUGGCGAUAUGCAAAUUGAUCCUUCGCUCUUGCAGGCUGCAAAUAACACGUCAUUUACCCCGACUGUUCACCAUGAUCCUGGAAGUGCAUUUGGUUACGUUGAUUCCAUUUUGGAUUCGACUAUCAUGCCCAUGACAGUUUAUCUUAGCAUCAGCCCCGAAAGUGAAUUGCAUGCGGACUCUAAGCCAUGGGUUGAUAAGCUGUCAACUAAAUCAGCAACUGAACUACGGCAGCUGGUUUCUGCCAGGUUUCCCGAUUCAAUCGUCGUCAAAAUCGAGGCUUUCGACGGAGAUACGAACGAAAACAAUGCCACAUAUUCCAUAAAUGAUGACGACGAACUCUACGGAUACAUGGCCCAUCUCCAAGGGCGAAAAGCAGUGUUCGCCUUUUGGUUGAGUCGAGGAUAA